ACGAGUUCAUGCCAUGCCACCACAGACCACAAAAAAAAAAUUCCAAUCUCUCUUGCAAAUAACCUCAUAGUGUCGACAUGGGUUGCCAAGAUGAUCGCUUGGUGAACAAAAUCUGCGAUCUCUACGACCGGAUCUCGAAGCUCGAGAGCCUGAAACCCUCGGAAAAUGUCGACACUUUGUUCAAGGAGCUCGUCUCCACAUGCAUACCACCAAACCCUAACGUCGACGUCACCAAGAUGUGCGAAAAAGUCCAAGAAAUCAGAGCAAAUCUCAUCAAGAUUUGCGGUGAAGCCGAAGGGUAUUUAGAAAACCAUUUCUCUUCGAUUUUAACGUCUUUUAACGACAACCCACUUCAUCAUUUGGAUGUUUUUCCUUAUUACACGAACUAUCUGAAACUCAGCAAGCUCGAGUUCGACCUCCUUACACAACACUUGAACUGUUCUCUUCCAAAGACUGUCGCUUUCGUCGGUUCUGGCCCUCUUCCUCUCACUUCCAUUGUUUUGGCGAGGUUUCACCUCAAAGACACAACCUUUCACAACUUCGAUGUCGACCCAUCUGCGAAUUCUCUCGCCUCCCGUCUGGUUUCGUCUGAUCCCGACCUCUCCCAGCGCAUGUUCUUCCACACAACUGAUAUCAUGGAUGUUACAGAGAGAUUGAAGGACUUCGAUGUCGUGUUCUUGGCUGCUUUAGUUGGGAUGGACAAAGCAGAUAAAGUUAAAGUGAUCGAGCAUUUGCAGAAACACAUGGCUCCUGGAGCUGUGCUCAUGCUGAGGAGUGCUCAUGGUCCGAGAGCGUUUCUGUAUCCGAUCGUCGAACCGCGUGAUCUGAAGGGCUUUGAGGUUUUGUCGAUUUACCAUCCGACAGAUGAAGUCAUCAACUCAGUUGUUGUCUCCAGGAAGUUUGGUAGUGUUGCUGAUUCAGGGAAUGCUAACAACAAUGACGUUCAUCAGAUCGAACAAGCUGGUCUCUCGUGCAUGUUCAUGCCCUGCAACUGUUCCAAGAUCCACGCGAUUAUGAACAAGAAGAAGAACAUGAUCGAGGAGUUUAGCGCCAUCGAGGAACAAUUCUCCUAGAAUAAGCGGGGUUUUUUCCCUGGUUGAUUUCAGGCGUAUAUAUACAACACAUACGUAUUAUAAAUGUAUGCGUAUGUAUACGCUUUGUCUCGUUGUUUCCUGAGUUUUUAUGACUCAGAAUUGUGUUUCCUUUCUUUGUCUGUUCUUCUCCGAUUUCCAAGGGUUCUUUUUCUUGUUAUUGCAGCUUCAUAAGCUGUUGUGUCUCUGGUCUGCGUCUGGUCAAUACUCUACAUUUGAAGUAAAAGGCAUCAACUUAAUGAUUUUUCAGUCUAUGUUUAUUAUGUGUGUUA